UGCCUUGGCACGGGGGCUUUGUUUGCAAGCUUUGCCUCUUCUCUUCCCUUCCCUCCUUCCUUCCUUCCCUCCUUCCUUCCUUUUUUCCCUCCCUCCUCUCCAACUUGCAAAGACCAAAACAAAGGGCUCGCCUUCCCCAGCUCCAUUCUUGCCUUUGCGCCUUUGUAGACCUCUUUAAAUCAUUUCUGUUUUCAUUUGUUUCUUGGCUCCUCGCCUGCCUUUCUCCUUCUUUCUUUCUUUCUUUCUUUCUUUCUUUUCUUCCUUCCUCCCUUUCUUUGCUGCUUAGGACCUCUCCUCCGCAGAGAAGAAGAAGAAAGAGCUCCUGGGAUCCAAGGGACUCCAGGAGGAACCAUGCUUCAUUCCUAGGAUCCCUCCACCUUGGUUCUGUCUUCUUCUGAAGCAACGUCCCGAGAAUGCUCCGGUCUUCUGUUCCUCUGGCUCUGUGUUUCUUCCUGGCGUCCGCGGCUUCCUUCCCGAAGGACUUGAACCCACUGAACACUGUUGGUCUGGCAGGAACAGCCCGGUACCCAUAUUUCCGAGGCCUUCCGGAAGACAAUGACACAACUCAACUGGGUCUGGAUUUCCAGAGCAUGUUGCGACUCAACCAAACGCUUCUCAUCGCUGCUCGGGACCACGUCUACGCCUUUGAUCUCCGAAGGACAAAGGAUGACUUCUCUCCAAGCAAGCAUCUCACAUGGAAGACUCAGGACAUGGAAAACUGUGCAAUGAGAGGAAAGCUUCGGAACGAAUGUUACAACUACAUCAAAGUCUUGGUUCCAAAAAACAACCAGAGCCUCCUGGCUUGUGGGACGAAUGCCUUCAAUCCCGUGUGUCGGACAUACAAGAUCAGCAGCUUGGUGCAAGAAGGGGAGGAACUGAAUGGCCAAGCCCGGUGCCCUUUUGAUGCCAAGCAGGCCAACGUCGCUCUUUUUGCAGAUGGGAAUCUCUACUCCGCGACGGUCGCUGAUUUCCAAGCCAGUGAUGCUGUGAUCUACCGAAGUUUGGGGGAGAGGAACCCUGUCCUCCGGACGGUCAAAUAUGAUUCGAAGUGGUUGCGAGAACCCCACUUUGUGCAUGCUCUGGAGUACGGGGAUUAUGUCUACUUCUUCUUCCGUGAAAUCUCCAUGGAGUACACCACGCUCGGCCGGGUGAUCUUCUCCCGCGUGGGUCGGGUCUGUAAGAAUGACAUGGGCGGCUCUCCCCGGGUGCUAGAGAAAUACUGGACCUCCUUCCUCAAAGCCCGCCUCAAUUGCUCGGUGCCAGGGGACUCCUUCUUCUACUUUGAUGUCCUCCAAGCCGUUACGGACAUCACCCAGGUGAACGGCCGGCCGGCCAUCUUUGGCGUCUUCGCCACUCAGUCCAACAGCAUCACUGGUUCUGCCGUCUGCGCCUUCUACAUGGACGACAUCGAGCGCAUUUUCAACAGCAAGUUCAAGGAGCAAAAGAAUGCGGACGCGGCCUGGACUCCGAUCCCAGAGGAAAAAGUGCCCAAACCCAGGCCCGGUUGUUGUGCUGGGAUCGGCAAAGCCGCCGCUUACAGGACCUCCAAUGAUUUCCCCGAUGAGAUGCUGAGCUUCAUCAAGUCCUUUCCGCUUCUGGAUGAAGCCGUGCCGUCGGUCACAGAGCAGCCGUGGUUCACCAAAACCGCCAGCAGAUAUAAGCUGACCCAUUUGGCUGUGGACACGACGGCUGGUCCCUUCCAGAAUUACACAGUUCUCUUCUUGGGUUCGGAAGAUGGGACGGUGUUGAAGGUUUUGUCCAGGACUACGGAGAACUCCACGGUGGAGACGCUGUUGUUGGAUGAGAUGUCCGUCUACCAUCCUUCCCGGUGUAGCGUCAAGAAGGAUGACCGCCGGGUUCUCGAUUUUGAGCUGGACAAGGCCAACCAUGCCCUCUUUGUGGCUUUCUCUGGCUGCGUGGUCCGGGUGCCCCUCAGCCGCUGUGUCACCUACAAUGCCUGCAGAAGGAGCUGCCUGGCAUCCCGCGAUCCGUACUGCGUUUGGUCACGUUCCGGUUCUUGCGUCGCAUUCGGCCCCGAACUCAGGAACGGAUUUGAGCAAGAUGUGGAAAAUGCAGCCAAGUACUUGGGGAACUGUCAAGAUGUCCUCUCUGCCACCGGGAACCAUGAUGGCACCAGCGACUCCGCUUAUGGGGAGAUGCCGACCACCGCCGCCGCCUCCACCGCCCCUUCCCGGGCGAUGCCCACGGGGUCUCUUCCCGCUAGCAUGGCUCCCGACGCUCACCCGGUCCCCCCUGGCAUUGGGGACCCCCACUCCACCCUCCAUGUAGCUGUGAGCACCCAGGGAGUGAGGCAGGAGCCAGAAGGGCGAGACGGCUUCAAGACGGUCCAUUUCACCUUCCUGAUUGGCUGCGUCUUCGUGGCGUUCGUCCUGGGGGCCUUCCUUUCGGGGUUGCUGGUCUCCUGUUACUGCAACCAUUCCUUCCAGAAGUCCAAGCACGCCAACAAAGACCCCGAGAGCAGCGUCCAGCGUCCGCUGUCCCUCCGGAGCCUGGCCAAAAUGAACGGCCUCUUGGAGAACCCGGCCAAAGAUGGGAUGAUGGAAGGAGGUGCCCCCAAACUUUACACUACUUUGCUCCCCAAUGAGAAGGAGCCGCCCGGUGCGGGGGCCAAAGCCGGGCUCAAAGACCACCCAGAGCUCUCCGCCUUGCCCACCCCUGAGUCGACGCCAGAGCUCCCGCUGAAGAACAUGAAAGCCAUCCGGAACCAGUGGGAGAAGAACCAGAACUUCAAUAACGCCAAGGAGUCCCAAGGGAAGGCCCCCUUUUUCCACACCCCGGUCACCAACCCGCAUCCGUACCCCUUCCCCGGGGCGGCCGCCGCUCCCAGCAACCUCCACGGCUACGACCCCACCUUGGCCGGCUACCUGGACGAGAAGAAGAUCCCCAACUCGGAGCGUGUCCUGGUGCGCCACUCCCAGUGCUACCUGCCCAAAGGGAUGGAGGUCACCACGUUAGAAGAGCUGCUCAAACACCUCCAUGAAAGCAGCAGCAACCCCAAGGUUCUGGGAGGGAUCCCCGUCCACUUCCUCAACGCCGCCCCGCACACAUCCGUCUCCUUCGCCAACCGGGUGCAACCCAAGAUCCCCGACGUCGAGAGUGCCCCCUAUUAUAGCUCCUCGACCUUACCCAGGGACAGCCUGCCCCGGAGACUCGACGUGCCCCCGGACCCGCCUCCGCAAUCGUGCCUGGAGAAACCGGGGAGACACCCGUCUCACAGACACUCGCUCUGCGGAGCCCCCAAACUCGUGAACGUUGGCGGGAGCGGCGGCGGAGGUGGCGGGAUGAUCUCCCGGCACCAUAGUCUCAGCCAAGCGGGGAGGCCGCCUCCGCCUCUUCUCACCCGCAUGCACUCCACGGGGACCUCAGUGCCCCAUGACGGGCACCCCCAUGCACUCUUCCUCUCCAGGCAGCACAGUUAUGGUGACCCCAUCUCGCUGCCCAGCCAUGGGGGCAUGAAGCGGUCGGUCUCCUUGAUGAAGCCCGGCGGUGUCCCUGCUUCCCAGCCCCUCUUCAUGCCUUCCUCUCCUCCGGCGCAGUCUUCCAGGCAGUUCAAUUACUGAGCCACUGGGACGAGAGGUUUUGUUUCGCACUCUGUGCGGCGCACGGGGGUCUUCCCUGCUCUGGCCACCUUUGCUGGCUAUUCAAAAUGGAAAGCAGGUGGAGGAAAUUUUUUUCCCACCAAGGGGAAGGAAUACACACAAAUCCCAGCGUGCCUUGCAACAAAGAAAGGGGCAUGUGCAAGACGGAAAACGGGAGGAGGGAGUUUGGAGAUUAGCGCUCUUCCCUCAUUGGUUGCCUCCUGGUACAGGCAGAUUCCUUGGCCUAUCCAUACCUCCCGUGACAGUAUGCAAUUCUCAGCCUUUCUUGGAUCCAUCAACUGGGGAGUUUUUGAGGUUGCACAUGGGUGCCCAGAUCCAGUGCCCACAGUCUUCAUUAUGCAAAUACAAAUGUUUCUACAUCUGCGUCAGAGUUGGGCAUCUGGCCUGCAAGACCAUUUUGUGCCCCUCUUUGAGGGCUAAUGUGGCUACCUAGCUUUCCACAGUUGCCCACCCCGAUCUAUGUAUUUUCCCCACCACUUUUCACAUAAUUCUGGAUCCCCAAAUUUUGAACAUUUGAGGGGAGGUUUUUUCUUUUUUGGUAAGUGGGCCCAUUGUGUGGUAGGCGAGCUGAAUUAAGAGACCUAGAAAGAGGGGGAGAUAUUGGUAGUUCUGGGGAAAGUGAUGCCGCUUGGACUGUUACCUCAAUCGACGUUCACCCAGUUUUCAGUGCCCUUACUUUAUCCUCUGUUGCUAUGAAGACUAGCAAUGUAGCCUUUAAGAAAUACAACAACAACAGCAAAACUUGAAAACUGUUGCUUUAGAAAGUCCAAUGCCACACUUUCUGGGCAAAGUUGGAGCGGGAUGGGGGGUGCCACCCAUAGCUUUAGUCUAGGUUUCGGUUGUACAUCUCAAAUUGGCUUCCUUCUUUGCUUUCUAAGAUGGGUAUCACCAUUGCAUUUAGUAGAACAGGUGCGGAAGUGUGUCGGCAGCCAAAAGGUACAAUUUGGGUGCCUUCUGGGCUGCCCAAAUAUUUCAGCUUUCCAAAGUGUUAAAGAGUCCAAGAGGUAGGUCAAUCAAAAUAUACAGGGAGAUGUCAAUAAAUUGGAAAUCACCAAGCACUUGGAGGUAAUGGGAAAAUCAGGGUGGCACCUCUGUGGCUCACAAGAUUCCCAUCUGUGUCUUAGUGAUAUGAGUAUGGUGAUAGGACUCUUGGCAAUGAAAAUGUGCACUGAUAUGCUAUGUAACUACUUAGUUAUGUGUGCAUAACUAAGUAAUAUCUCCUGGCCUGUCCCACACCUCUGAUCCACCUUAAAAGCCAGCAGCCGUGUUGCGUACCAAAGGUUUGUUCAGGUGCCGAUCGCGGUGCAAAGAUCAUGGCGUUUCCAGCAUUUUCGCACCCAAGGAAUUGCAAGAGGGAUCCUAAUUCUGAUUGUCGCAAAUUUGCUCGCUUGGCAGGAGCAAAGUGGAAUCGCCAUUUUCUUGUGCCCUGAUCGCAACCGUUACUCCUUUGCCCAACCCGGAUGCUGGAUCUUAAGACGGGAGACAUUUACGUAGCCUUACACUAGGACUAUGUAGUCUUGCUGAACACAGAGCAGUUACGGCUCUGUUACUCUGGGUUCAGAAUAGGUAACUCCACUACCCCGUGGGUUGGAUGUAAAGAUCAGGGCAGGUAUAGGAUUAGCUAUAGGGAGAAGCACAUGGGCUCCUCACAAAUGUAGCACUUUCUUUCUGCUUUUCUUUUCAACAAGUAUAUGGGUGUCCUUCCUUUGGGGAGGGCAGCCUCUGGAAAAUGUGAAACGGACUCCGAAAACCAAGUCCACCUCCCACAUCGUUUUUUGGGGACUCGACGGGAGCCGACUGUUAUCCGUCGGACCGCGAAGUUGUUUCCGGAGCUCGCGAAACCCCCGCGCAGCCUUUUGUCACUUGCAUCAAGUUGUCGUUUUCUUUCGAGAGGGGGACCGAGUAGCAAAGUUGUGACUUAACUGGAGAACUAUUGACGCUUUCUGGCCCACUUGGGGCCACAUCUUUGACAAGACUCUCGCGGCUUCCAUUUUGCGCAGGCCCAAGAUUCUUCUUGGGGGAGAAAUGUAGCAUUGAGAACUUUCUAUUAUCCUGCAAGAACCAAUUGUUCCUGUUCGCCAGUUUUCAGUCCUUUGUAUUUUGAAAAUGAUUAUCCAACACCCUCAUUUUCUGUUUGCCUUUUGGGGUAUUUGGUGAGUGCAAAAUUGCCCUGGAAAGCCAAUCCUUGGUUCUGGAUGUUAUUCCUUCCCUCUUGAAACUCCGCCGUUCCUUCGCUCACCGAUCCUAGUCUCCUUUCCAAACUAUCCCCGCUAAGACCAUCCAUUUUGCCCUUCCACAUUUUGUGCUUUAGUAAACCUAGCAAUCCCCACAAGUUGCUGGUCCGCAAGAACCCUUGUGGACUUGUCUUCCAAUACUUAUAUCCCAUGGAUACCUCUCUUAGUCAUGGCAAGAGCGAAGGAGAAAAGGAGUUGCCAGUUAUUGCUAACUGAUAACUGGUUUGCUACUGGUUCAGAGAGGUUUUCCAGCAUGGAGAUUUCUAGUUCACCGGGAGCACAAUUCCAGAAAGCAAAGCCCCAAGGUGCUUGUUCACGAAUAGGGAUAAAUUGCUAAGAUUAAAAAGGAGGUAAAACUUGUUUUAUGAAAAAUUAUAAUAAUCCCAGUUUAGAUUUAUUUGCAUUGGUUCCUAAAUUUGUCCCCCAUUUUGUCCUCCUCGGAUUUUGAUCCCAAAAUUAUGGGGACGGAAACCAAAAGUCCAGUGGCUGUUGCGCUGGCCCUAAAAAGAUAAUGUACCCAAAUGCAAAAAAGGGGGGAAACAUUUGCAAACUCAAAAGAAGAUGAUCGCUUCUGGUUUUUAAACCGGACCCAAUUUUUAACAACAACGUUGUGUACAUAAGUAUAAAUAUAUAUGUGUAUAUUUCAUUGUUUAACUUCAUGUAAGAGAAGCGGAGAAAGGAGGAGGAAAGGGGCGGCGGGGAAAACGAAAACGAUUUAAUCCUACUAUGUAGGGAAAAGGCCACCUCAAUGCACACGGUUCCAUUAGCGCUGACCAAUCUGUAAAUUUGGUAUCCGGAAGGACUGUUUCGAACCCGACGCUUGAAAUAUACGUAUAACCUCUUUGUGUCUUGAAAAA